AACUUCAUCACCACCUCCUGAUUCAUCGGCCUGGCUCUUAUCUCAAUCUACUGAUAUCAAUACAGGCAGGACCAAUAGCAAUAAUGAAAACUCUGAUAAUCCUGUUAACUCCUCUGAUAAUAAUAAUCCUGACGAUCAUGAUGAAGAAUACGAACCUAUUGCCAGACCUAGCAACUUCCUGAAUAAAGCAUAUCAUAUGCGAUCUUGCACAAAAAGAGUUUCUAGUUUAUCCACAG